GCGGUGGGCGGGCGGUGGGGGUGGGGCUUCCCGGCGUGCUCUGCGGGGGCGGCGCGGGUGCCGGGCCGCGCGGGUCGGGUCGGGCAGGGGUUCAGCGGAGCCGCGCCGCCAUGUCGCAGGCCGGCGCCUGCCAGCCGCCGCCGGACGUCGACACGGACGACUGCCUCCGCGAGUACCGCCACCUCUUCAGCCCCGACAUCCUGGCCGGCAGAGUGGCACUCAUCACCGGCGGCGGCUCCGGCAUCGGGUUCCGCAUCGCGGAGGUGUUCAUGAGGCAUGGCUGCCAGACCAUCAUCGCAAGCCGGAGCCAGCAGCGAGUGUUGGAGGCCUCGAAAAAGCUGGUGGCAGCCACGGGCCAGCGAUGCCUGCCUCUGUCCCUAGAUGUCAGGCAGCCCCAAACCAUUGUGGCAGCAGUGGAUGAGGCACUGAAGGAGUUCGAGCGGAUUGACAUCCUUGUAAAUGGUGCCGCGGGAAACUUCCUGUGCCCAGCCAGCGCCCUGUCCUUCAACGCCUUCAAGACAGUGAUGGAUAUCGACACUGUCGGCACCUUCAACACCUCCAAAGUGCUCUUUGAGAAAUGCUUCCGGGACCACGGCGGAGUCAUUGUUAACAUCACAGCAACUCUGAGCUACCGUGGGCAGGCCCUCCAGGUGCAUGCUGGUGCUGCUAAGGCUGCUAUAGAUGCUAUGACCCGUCACCUUGCUGUGGAGUGGGGACCCAACAAUAUCCGAGUGAACAGCCUGGCACCAGGUCCCAUCAUGGGCACUGAGGGCUUCCGACGGCUGGGUGGGAAAUUUGCCGAGAAGGCAAGCUACUUUGAGAUGAUCCCCCUGCACCGUGCGGGGAACAAGACGGAGAUUGCCCACAGCGUGCUCUACCUGGCGAGCCCCCUGUCCUCCUAUGUGACAGGCACCACCUUGGUUGUGGAUGGUGGGAGCUGGCUGACCUCUGCCAACGACUUCCCUGCCUUGCUGGGUAUUGCUUCAUCCUCUGCUAAACUCUAGAUGUCUGGGCUGCAGGAGCAAACACAAAUCAAUGAUGGAGAGCCUGGGAUUGACUGAUGGACAGGAACGUAACCGAACGCUGCUGCUCUGGGACAUCUCGGGGUCACAUCACCUAGAGUCCGAGCUGAUAGCGGCUGCCUCUGUCUGACAAGCAACUGGUGAUGGUGACACUGCUGAUCCUGCGUCCGCCUGGGGGAGGGAGCACCAAGGAUGCUGGGUGGGGAGCAAGCCUACCCCAGUUCUGUGCCGUUGUUUUCUUCCGCGCUGACAUGGCUGAGAUUGCAAGGAUAGUGAGGGGUGUGCAGGCUGUGACAUUCUGUCCAGUUUGUGUGCCCCUUCAGGUUGUUCUCCUGGCCUUUCCCGAGUUUCAGUUAGUGCUCUCCCAGGAUCUCCGUCCCCUUCCCGGCCUCUCUCCUGUGUCAGAGAGCUGCCCGAGAUACCCAGCAGCACCCCUUUUUGGGAGGGGGUGUACCUCAGCCCAUUCUGGGUUAAGCAAAGUCGUGUAAUUCCUCACUGUCACUGCUAGCUGCCACGUCUGUGCCUUAUCCUUCUGUGGGGAUGAGAUUAGCCAUGGUGCUCAGAGCAUCUCUUGCUUUGUAACAGGCGCUGGCAGCUCUCCGAGGGCAGGCAGGUACUGAGCCACUUCCUGGCCCCUGGAGGGAGGAGGAAUGGCUUUGUUACCUCCUGUGAUGCUGGUUCCUCGAUGAGGCAGUGGUCCCUUGAGGCCGGCAGGGAUGCAGCUGCGGUGGCCAUUAUCCCAGGAGCAGAGACGGCGUGUGUAGGCCAAAGCCAACGAGAGCAUCCUCUGUACCGCUGUGCGGAGAGCCUGAGAUGUCCGGCUUGCUGUCAGCCCUGAUCUGUCUGUCAUGCUAGUCUCGUGCUGUCUCCUUUCUUAAUACAGACACUACAGAUGAGGGUAAAUCAAGGGCACACUGAGGUCUAGCUGAAAUUCAGGCCUUUCUGAAUUGGCCACUGAGCUGACAAGCUGCAGGGGGCUGCAGCAGUUCUGCGCUGGGCUGCUGGAAGCAAACCCAUUCCCUGUGCUGGAGCCUCGCGGGGCGCGCGCUCGUCGUGUGCUCGUGGCUCUCCUCUGCAGUAUUCAGUGUCCUCCUGCUGCUGACAAUUUUUAAGCUUCUCUAUAUAAUUUUUAACUCAAUUUUUGACUUCUCUGAAGUCUGUGUUAGAAAAUUGCAUUUCCUACUUGAUUGUAGACUUGACACGUUUUGCUCCUUCUUCCAGGCCAUGAAUAAAGAACUUCCACACUCA